GCGGGGCAGGCAGGCAGGCAGGGGUGACCUCCCAUUAGAUCCAUGUUGCCCACUGAGGUAGGGGGUUUGCUGGGCUCGCAGGGGAUGGAAUUCUGGACCAGCCCUGCUUCUUACGAUGAAGUCAACGGGAAUACGGAACUGGAAGAUAACCCGGACUUAAUCUCCCAGGACCUGGAGGAGGUGCUUUGCUCUGAACGGGUUGGCAGGAUCACCAAGACUUACCAUGAUAUAGAGGCGGUCACCAGCCUGUUGGAAGAGAAGGAGCACGACCUGGAAUUAGCAGCCCGCAUCGGGCAAUCGUUGCUGAAGCAGAACCGGAGUCUGUCGGAACGCAAUGAAUUCUUGGAUGAACAACUUGAACUGGCAAAGGAGGAGAUAGCGCAGCUGCGACAUGAGAUAUCAAUGCGGGAUGACCUUCUGCAUCUCUAUACCAGCAGCACUGAGGACAGUGAACCGGCCUCCGCCAUCUCCACCCCGUUGCGAAGGAACGAAUCUGCCCUCUCUUUGCAGCAGUGUUUCCAAUAUGAUGCCCUGCAGCAAAAGCUAAAAGGGCUGGAGGAAGAGAACCAGAAACUGCGCACAGAGGUCACAAGCAUUGCCACAGAAACAUGUCACUAUGAGGAGCAGGAGCAGAAGUUGAUGAUCGACUGUGUGGAGCAGUUUUCGGAUGCUAGUCGGGAAGUUGUCCUGCUCUCGGAGGAGCUGGCCCGCAAGGCGGAUGACGUAGCCCGGCAACAGGAGGAAAUCAGCCAGCUCCUGGCGCAAAUUGUGGACCUCCAGCAGAAGUGCCGCACAUAUGGUUCAGAAGUGGAGGAAUUGCAGCAGCAUCUCACUGCUGCCAAGGAGGUCCAACAGCAGCUGCGCACAGAGCUCCAAGAUCUGCAGGAGAAAUACGCGGAGUGCGGAGCGAUGUUGCAGGAAGCCCAGGAGGAGAUUAAAAACCUCCGAAACCGCAGCCUCCCCAACAGCACCAUCCACCGCCACAGCUCCCCUACCUUCUUGCCCCUGGAUUCUCUGGCUGCAGAGAUCAAGGGCUCAAUGAGGAAAGGGAUGGACAGCUCUGGUUCUUCGGAAUACAAGGGCUUCCGGCGGGUCUUCGAGACGGUGAAGGCUGUGAAGCAGACCGUGAAAGCCAAAUCGCGGGCAGAAUCGCCACUCACUCUUCCUCCGGGCUCUCCCAAGCCUUCUUCAGUGGGGUGCAGCCGGCUUAGCACCCCCCGUACCAGCUACUACGGUUCAGACAGCCCCACUGUGGGAGGGCUGGAGGGCCAGGACAGCCGGGCCCCUGAAGGACUGGAGGAUGCCCCCCGGGGUGAGCGUGGGACACCAGGCACACCAGGUCAGCAUGACUUAGAAGCUGCCCUCCAGUCCUUGUCCGCUCGCCAGGAGAACCACAGCACCGAGCGUUCGUUCUUCGAGGUGGAGCGUGAAUGCAAGCUGAGGCGCCUGGCUCGGGACGCCGAGGACUCCAGUGGGUUUCUCACGCCCAACGAGAGCAUCACAUCCACCGGCACCAACUAUUCAGGCAGCUCUGGCGGCUCUGGCUUUUCUUUGGGCUCCUUCUCCUACUUCCCUGAUAAACUGCAAAUCAUCAAGCCUCUGGAAGGCUCCAUGACCCUCCAUCACUGGCAGCAGCUAGCCCGGCCUCACCUGGCAGGGAUCUUGGACCCUCGGCCCGGCGUGCUCACCAAAGAUUUCCGGCAGCUUGACACAGACCUGGAGGAGGUCUACAACCUUCACGACCUGGAGGAAGAUGAUGUGGACCUGGCCUCCUUCCCUGCUCUUGCUACCUCGACACCAUCCAAAGCCAAGGAGAGGCCUAGUGUCUUCCACUCCGUUAACAAUCUACCCCAGACCCCGCCUACUUUCACCAUUACCACCUGUUGCAUCUUGCACCCUAGCAACGAGGUCACCAUGGUGACACCCAGUCUUUAUAAUACAGUUGUGCCCUCUUGUGGGCCCUGUGAGGGGCUGAGCCCCUCUCUCCCUCCCCAGAUCCCCCUGCAGGAACAGCCCAGCCAUGAGGAGCAGCAGCCGCAGCAGCAGGAUUCCCCUCUUGGACUGGUUUCUCUGCUGGCAGAGCGAGGCAUUUCGGCGUGGGGCAGAACAGGGGCAGCGGUGGGGGCAGCGGCAGCAGCAGCAGCUUUGCCUGGGUUUGCUGGAGCCCCGAGAAGCCUGCGCUGGCUGCCUCCUUCCUUGGAUUCCCUGUGGAGCGGCCACUGGGACAGCCUCGCUGAGUGGACCUUGGGAUCACGGCCGCUGCCACGGAGGAAGUCUGAGAAGGGCCGAAACAGCAUCUUCAGUUUGAACCUGGUGGAGAAGCUUCAGCGGCUGGGGCUGGACAAGGUGGUGGCAAGAGGGGAAGCCUCAUUUGCAACCUCGCACCUGCAGGGGCUUCAGCAGAGGACGAGGUCUCUGUCCUGACUCCACCACUGGUGCU